UUUCCCUAAAACUAUAUUUGAUCUAACUUUGUCGAACUUAAAAUGGCUACAAGUAAGAAAUCGUCUAAUCUUCUGGACACUAAACUUGCAAGUUUGGAAAGCAAGAUGGAAAGUAAAAUGGCAAGUUUGGAAAGUAAAAUGGCAAGUUUGGAAAACAAGCUUACCACGAAAAUGUCUGAACUUGAAGGAGUUGUUAGAUCGCUUGAUACUAAGCUUCAGUCGCAGGCAUCGGAUAUUCAGCAGCAUGAAGAUAAGUUGGAGACUCUUGAAAAAUUAAUUGUUGAAAAAGUACGUACAAUUGAAGUGUUGGAUAAGAAGGUACAGUCGACUCUUAAAACUGUAGAUCAGUACAAGUUUAAAAUUACUGAUCUCGAAAAUCGUUCUCGCAGACAGAAUUUGCGAAUUAUCGGGUUUCCCGAAAGAGUUGAGUCCGGUGAUUUAACUGAAUUUUUCUCUAAAUUACUGUGGGAAAUUUUCGGUGAUGAAGGUUUGCAAACUAAACCUGUUAUUGACCGUGCUCACAGAGUUGCGAGGUUUUCGUCUACGACUGAUAAACCACGAGCGGUGAUUGUUCGCCUUCAUUAUCCUCGUGAAAAAGAGCUUUUAAUUCGAUUAGCUCGUAAAAAAGGUAUGAUUUCUUACCAAGUCAGGUCCUACAACCAACUUGCUUUUGUGAAUGGCUUGCAAGGUAACUAUAUAGAAGCGAUUCAUAACUUGGGGGAAGCUGAGAAGAUUCUGAGAGAGAACUACAAAGUUGAUUUUGAAAGAAGAAGCAUCAUCACCUAUGGAAACUUUGCCUGGGUGCAUUACCACAUGGGACAUCUGACAGAGGCCCAGUCCUAUCUCGACAAGCUGGAGAUGAUCUGUAAACCGCUCAGUGAUGGCCCUCCCUACUCAGCAAUGAUACCCGAGGUGUACGGGGAGAAGGGAUGGUCAUUGCUGAGGUCUGCUGCUGAAUACUAUGAGGAGGCAAAGGAAUGUUUUCGGAAGGGUCUGGAAGAAGAUCCUGAUAAUGAGCAAUGGAGCAUGGGAUAUGCCACUGUACUGUUUCAGUUGGAAGCAAUUUCUGGAACCAAAGAGAAUCGUGAACGGAGACGGUCUGUACUGCAUUUGCGUCGUGUACUGGAAUUUGAUCCAGAUAACUCCGUGGCUAUGGUUCUGUUGGCGCUAAAACUGCAAGAGUUCAAGCAAAAAGUUGAAGCCAAUAAAUUAGUUGAACAAGCAUUGCAGAAAACAACUGAUUUUCCAAAAGUUCUUCGAUAUGCUGCAAAAUUUUACCGAAAAGAGCAAGCUGUGGAAAAAGCAAUUGAGUUGUUGAAGAAAGCUUUAGGAAUCUCUCCACAUGCUAGCAUCUUGCAUGACCAACUAGGUACGUGUUACAAAACCAAAUUGCUUGAACUGCUCAGCAAUCCAUUAUGUGAUGAUCCCCAAACUCCAGAAUUUCAACAAAAAACUGAGUUGCUUAGUCAAUGCAAAUAUCACUUUGCAAAGGCAUCUGAACACCGUCCAAGGUCAAGUAUUAAGUCACAACUGGAUUUAGCAGACACCUGUGCAAAAAUGGAUGAAUAUUCUAAGGCAAAGAAGAUCUACAGUGAUCUCCAGAAACUAGAAAAUAUUCAUCCAGAAAAUAUGCAGAAGAUAUGUUUAUAUGCUGGGAAAUUUGAACUGCACUGCAGAAAAUCUGAAUCUGAUGCCAUCAGACCAUUCCUGAAAGGACUGGAAAUUGAAAAUGACACGAAGGAACGCAAGCUAUGUCAUAUGAAUUUGGAGAGGUGGGCAGACAGGCAACUUUGCAAGGAGCCAACUAAUAGUAAGGCCCUUGGAAUCAAAGGGUUACUGUAUCAGCUGAAUGGGAACAGGGCUCAAGCGAUUGAAUAUUUUGAGAAGGCCUUGGAGUAUGACCAUGAUAAUGAGGAAUAUCUGAGUGCUCUUUGUGAACUACGUCUUUCCAUCAAGGGAAAAAUUGAUGCUUGAAAGAAACAAUGAUUUUUUUCUAAAUUGAGGAACAAUAAUAUAUUCUGCCUGCUUCAGCGUUAAAUGGGAAAUUUGCUCUGAAGUGUGUAAUUUUCAGACAAUAGAUUUAUUGCAUUCUUUAUCUUGUGCCUUCAUGAAUAGUAACACCAGAAGUACACUGAAAAAUAGCAUCUAUAGACCAUUAUAUGAGGACGGAAUCAAAGAUGGAUCUGUGGAAAUUAGACCAACAGGAGCCAAAAGGCAAAAAAACUCUAUGGGAAUCCUGUCAUGUUCUUUCUAGAUCUCCAAUGUCAAUUAAUCAUCAGUUACGUUUACUUUUAAUUUAUUACUUGCAUUGUGCUAAAUAGAUGUGACUUUUGCAGAAUGAUUUUUGGAACAUGACAUAAUUCUCAAGACCAUUUCAACCCACCCUCUCCCCCUCCCCCGCCCAGUGGACAUGGAUAGGAAUUACCCUCAUUGCCUCAAGCACAUCAACAUUAAAUUCUUAGUAACAUGGCUGACAACACCCAAGAAAGUCAAACUAGUGGGAUUUUAAAUGAUGAUAUGGGCUAAAGAGGGAAUGGAGGUAUCUACCGGAGGCUGAAUUCCUCACAGACAGAGACAAUAUGUCUUGGGUCUCUGAUUCAAUGAGUUCAUAAAAGCACCCUAGGUGUAAAACAGAUGAUGUAAGGGUCAAGCACUUG